UUUUUCUGUCUUUUGCAGCGACGCCCCUCUUCCUGGUACGUAUGUGCGCUAGCACGAUGCAGGAGCCCGACGAUGCGAGCGUCCACUGCCGGCGGGGACGUCCCCGUACCAUGAUGACGGUGGCCGACUGCAGGCAUUUUGUCUGCCGUGUUGCCGUCGGUGCUCUGCGUCGGCGGUACGGUGCCUCCAGCAGCCCACCACAGGCAGGCCACCUCGCGCCAGAGGCUGGACCCUUUCACGCACAAACAACGUACCAGGGAUGUCUUCGCCCGAUUGGGGCAAUCGAGGGUUUGGAUCCGAAUUUCCGGGAUGUUUCGCUCGGGCGGUCAUUGCACCCUCGCCAGGAGCGCCGCUCACCGUCAUGCGCUAGCCAGCAACGGUAGUCCGACGAAGCGGGCGUGCACCGGCGGCGAGGACGUCCCCGUACAUGUUCGACAUAGUGACCCGG